AUGGCGCUUCUCUCUGACAACAAGCAAGGACUCGGAAAUCUGACGGUAGAGAAUCUUGUACAGCAAACAUCCACGCUGUUCAUUGCGGGGCAGGAGACGAGCGCGAUCGCGCUGUCGUGGCUAUUCACCGAGCUCGCCCGCAAACCAGCGCUACAGGACGCUCUGCGCACGGAGGCGCUUGAGCUGCGCGCCAAGCAAGUUCCGUUCGAGCAGUACCCGUUGCUCAAUGCGGCUAUCAAGGCCAGUUACAUGGCCCUUACUAAAUACCUGCUUUUCAAGUGA